AUCAUUUACGUUCUGCAGUUGUAAUUACAGCACGUGCGUCCAUAACGCACUUCCCGUGCUUGAUCGUCUCGGACCGCUCCGUUCCUUACCACCGUUUCAUAUAGAGGUUUGCGCGUGUGACAAUUUCUUUAUCUAUUUGUGGAUUUUCACUUCAAAUACUUUUAAAUUCAAAUUACAUUUGAAAUGUUAUUAUGGAAAACUUGUGUACAUAUACACCGUAUCAUGUUGUUUAACAGCUUUGUCCAUUUGGAGAAAUGUAGUCUAACGGUAUUUUAAAAGACUUGCACUACAACGCUUGAUCUAGUGCAGAAAGUACGCCGUUGUUAGAUUCAGAAACCAGUCGAUUCAUUAGCCGAGUUUAAUUGGAAUAGCUGCGAUAUACGGGACCUGUUAUAUCAUUUGAUGUUAUAACGGAAGAAAAGCCAUCAUAAAUAUCUGCCUGUCAUUCGCGUGACAAAAAUUAAUCGAAAUUUUAACAUAUUGAAUUUCGUUGGAUUUUAAAUUAAAUUCAUAAUGUGUUUGUCAGUGAUUAAGCUUUUCACCGCCAGGUGUUGAGUUGUGAUUGACUGUGUCGACCGCAUUGACGAGACUGUUGGAUAUGUGGGAUACAUUUGUAUACGGGUCAUGCUCAGGAGGGCAGGACUAACGGGCCACGCUCUCUACAACCCUACCGCAUUACGGGGGAUCAUCGACGCUCUUAUUGCGCGAAACAGAGCGAAUAACGAACGCUUGAAUACAAAUAAACUGGGAACAGUGUUAUACCUGUUUAAGUACUUGUACAGAGCUCUCUCAUACUCGGCAUAGUUUGGAAGUAAACAAGAAUUUUCACACGAAUCAACAAUUGUAUUUUUCUUAAGCUAUACAUUGUUGAAGUGAUAAAGGCAAAAUACGCACGUGUGAACGUGAACUAUCUGGUUUGAGACUAUUGUAAUAUUUCACAUGGAUUUGUACUGAUUAUCGCACAUGUUGGAAUAUUGAAAGCAAAUCCACGAGGAGGAUAGAAUCAACAGCGAGGCGGUCGAAGGUAUGCUUCUAAUUAACUUUGUGAGCGCAAAAUGAGGUAACUCAAGUGCAAUCGACAACCAUGUCUUAUUAGAACUCUUGUUAUAUAUCCCAGUUAUUUCUGAAAAAUAAUAAAACACAAAUAACACAAUGGAGUGUUCUUUAAAAGAUAUCGAAACAGAAAACAGCACAUGUUUCUAUGGAAACCAGGAAAGAUUUUUUCUGCCGGAAUUUCCAUCAAAUUUGACUUUUCCUAUUUACGGAAUUCUUUGUCCCAUAAUAGCCAUUUUGACACUGAUUUCAAACAUAAUCGUCGUUUGUGUUUUCAUGAAGAAACAGAUGAGGUCUGUGACAACAGUAUUUUUGGCGGGACUAGCGGUGUCGGACACAUUGUCUGCAGCGCUCUGGAGCAUCACACACUUCUUCUUUUACGGUAUUAGGGACAAAAUGGACGAACCGUUACUAUAUCCGGAUUGUGUAUUUCACGACUUUGCGCUCUACUUUGCGGUAAUAUUUCACACAACAUCCGUCUGGCUCACAUUAACACUAGGAUUACAGCGUUGUAUCAUUGUUGUAAAACCGUUCAAAGGACCAAGAUUAUGGACAAUUCGUAAGUCGGUGUUUAUCGCUGUUAUGGCUUAUUUGAUUCCGACGAUAUUUUUCACUCCGUUAUUUUUUAUGAAGAAUUAUUUUCCGUUUCAUUUCAUUGCGGACGAUAAUACGACGUCCGUUUAUUGUGCAAGGGACUUAGCUCAGUGGUUUAUUAAUGACAUGAAACCGUUUAGUAUUAUCUACCACAUAUUCCGGGGGGUCUUUGUUCAGCUCAUCCCUUGUGUUUUGAUGAUGAUAAGUACAGCCGUACUUGCGUACAAAUUACGUCACGAACGGAUACUACAGCGUCACAUGUCACGGAUGGUAGACGGACAGAAACGCGAUUUCCAGCGCAGACAGCGUACAACAUUAAUGGUUGUAAUUAUUAUGGCUAUAUUUAUGGUGGUAGAAAUUCCAAAUGGAAUCGUAUUUGGGAUUAAAUUCUACGAGGAAACAACAAAUAAACUAAUUCUGACCCGAGAAGUGGAUUAUCCGUUUGCAAUAUUCCAGAAUUUUUUGUUGUUACUUAGUUAUCACUGUAACUUCUGGAUUUACGUCGGAUUGAGUGCGCGGUUUCGGAGAACUCUACAGAAUUUCUUUUUUGGAUAUUCUUUAAAGAAAACAAUGGACGAAAUGAUUUCUAUGAGUACUAAAUCUCCGCACAAUUCUUCGGACAGGAGUAUCCGCCAAUCUCUGGUUGUGAACGGGAACGGACAUUGUUACUCCGAGAGAUGACGUCAGGAGACCGAAUUACGUCAUCAACUCAUGGCGUAAUCAACGUUAACGAAAUAUAUAAGUAAUUCUUGAACAUCGUUCACAUGAAAUAUGUGCGAAGCGAGGAUAUUUGAAGUGAUAUAAUGACACGAACAGGAAUGGCUUUUAUGAAUUUCUCAUUACCAGCUAAACGUAUAAGUGUACUAUAUACGUUCGCCAAUUUGACCCGUGUAUUCUUGCCAGUUUCAAGCAUACAUACUUCAGUUUGAGUGCUAUUCUUCAACAGUAUUGUAUAUACCAAUUACAUACAUCAAUGCAGCUCAACAAAAACGAACGAUAAAUUCGAUAAUAUGAAGAUGAUUACUUUAGCGUACUCAGAUGGACUUUCCAUGGCAUCGUACGGUUUUGUAUUGUUCUUUCAACGAUGUGUUAACUGUGUAGGAGUCUCGGGAACAAUGAAAACCUUUCACAAAUCAUAGCAACUCGCACAUGGCUGUUUGCGGGAUCUAACGGUGUACGUCGAUAUGGCAUGCUUCUGUGUUGUUUGGUGGCGUUGUACGAACACAAUACACACCGUUAUGACUGCAGAACGUUACAUAUGAUAUGCGGUAUGGCGUUCUUCUUUACGUAAUAAACUUGUCAUUUGUGUAAAUAAUAAUAAUAAAAUACAUCAUAU